AUGGGUGUUCUGACAGUAUGUUUACACAUAUUUAUUAGUACUAUAUUAAUGUGCAUUUUAUCUAUUUUCGUAGCAUUUAUUGGUAUAUUGAAAUGGUGUGAUGUCACUUUUCAAUUUAUAAUGAAAUCAUUACUAUUGCCAAUAUUAAAGCAAGUAAACAAUAAUGCUGAUGAAACAACCAUUCAAAGAUUGAUAGAACAUAUACGUUCAGCAACAGAUCAUCUAACAUUGGCAGUUUUUAUUGUUACCAUAAUACUUUUGGUAAUUUUGUGUUUUGGUAUGGUUGGAAUUUGUUUUCGUAGCAAGGUCAUUAUUUUCAUUUACAUUCUUCUAUUAGCACUUUCUAUUGUAUUACUGUCCGUUUGGCUGAUAACAGAAUCUGCUGAUCCAGAAAUAAUAAACAUUCCUGUUAAAAACCAACUGAAGUUAUUAAUUGCUAAUUAUCAUUCUGUGGCGUCUAAUGAAGCGGAUAGUGUGAUUUUAGCAACUUUAAUGCCUUUGCUUUCAUGUUGUGGUUACUUUAAUGGUGAAGAUUUUGAAAAAUCACGAUUUGUUCGUAAUGAAUCUUAUCAGAAUAUGGAAUAUCCAGACAUUCAGUAUCCAAUCACAUGUUGUCAAUUGGAUUCGAAAUUCUCUUUAAGAUAUUCUUCAUGUCCAAAUUACUUUACUGAAUCAAAUAGCUUUAUUCAAAUUGGUUGUUGGAAUAAAUUAAAUGAUUUAAUUCUACUUAUUCGACAUGCUAUGAUAUUAGUUAUAGUUGGUAAAAUUGGAAUAUUGUUCAUUCUAUCAGGAUUUUCAUCGUUAGAAAUAAUUCCACGUAAAACAACUUUUAUUUAUCCAUAA